AUGAGUAACCACCAGGAAGACCAGAUGGACCCCACACGUGAGACCACCAAAGACUGGAUGCCCACUGCAUGGACCCACCAAAAGAAGGAACUGACCCCACCAGGAGAUGGCCCACCAAAGAGAUGGAGAAAUGGACCAGAGACCAGUGGCCCACUAGAAAACCUGACCAUUGUGCGGGAACUGGGUGAUCGGGCAGCACAGGGCCGUGCAUGUGGAAACCUGGGCAACACCCACUACCUCUUGGGCAACUUCAGCCAGGCCAUCAAGUUCCAUGAAGAGAGACUGGCAAUAGCUAAGGAGUUUGGAGACAAGGCAGCUGAGCGUCGGGAGUACACUAACCUGGGGAAUGCACACAUAUUCUUGGGAGAAUUUGAGAUUGCAGCAGAUCAAUAUAAGAAGAGUUUACAAAUAGCGACGCAACUAGAAGACAAAGCUCUAGAGGCACAGGCCUGUUACAGCCUGGGCAACACAUAUACAUUGCUACGUGACUAUGAAAAAGCCAUUGAGUACCAUAUGAGACAUCUAGGAAUUGCUCAAGAAUUACAUGACCGGGUCGGGGAGGGACGGGCCUGUUGGAGCCUGGGCAACGCCCACUCAGCCUUAGGGGAACAUGAAGCAGCACUCAAGUUUGCAACAAAACACCUGGACAUAUCUCGAGAGAUCGGGGAUGAAACAGGACAGAUGACCGCAAAGAUGAACCUUGUUGACCUCCGUUCUGCACUAGGCAUGGCAGAUCACAGCAAGGAGAACAUGAACAGUUCCUGUAGCGUGCUGGCCGACUUGAGAGAUGCAGGAGGGAAGGAUGUUAGUGAUGUGGCUCUAGGACGUCGCCCAAACCGUGCACGAAGAUUCAGUAUGGAGAACAUGGAAUUAAUGAAACUAACUCCAGAUAAAAACAAGCAGCAGAAUGUUGCCAAGGGUGCUGGAGGAGCUCGGCCCAAGGUACAGAAGUCUGCCAGCAUUGCCACGGAGAUGUCCAUGGACACGCCCAGGGCUAAGGCAGCAAUUGUUCGCCCAAAAACUGCAGAUUCCGCGAUCCAAGAAGAAAAGGAUGAGAAUUCUGAUGACGACAGCUUCUUUGAUCUCCUCAGUCGGUUCCAGAGUCGAAGGAUAGAUGACCAGAGAUGUUCCUUUCGUCUGUCAGAACCGACACCUGCCACACCUUCCACCCCCGCCACCCAACCUCAACCCAACGGUCAAUCCCUGUCCUCACAAGUUGCCUCCCCUGGCACAGAUGAUUUCCUGGACAUGGUGGCAGGCAUCCAGGGAUCACGCAUGAACGAUCAGCGAGCAGAGUGUCCCUCAUUUCCCGGCCUCAGUUCACAGGCUGUCAUUGGUCAGUUACUCCAGCAGAAGUCUGACGACACGGUCCCAGAUGACAACUUCUUUGAAAUGCUGAUGAGAUGUCAGGCAUCUCGCUUGGAGGACCAGAGAAGUGCUCUGCCCCAGCGGCCAGCCGCUCCCACCGUGCCCGACGAAGACUUCUUCAACCUGAUCCAGCGUGUGCAAUCCAGUCGACUAGAGGAGCAACGCACAUCCAUGCCAGCAGACUCAAAGCCAAACUCAGAUUCAUCCAGGAAAAGCAAGAAGAAGUGACAGUGUUGACAGUUGUGUGUGAGAGUGCAGGGCUGGUUCAUACAGUUGACGGUCAUGCUCAACACUGCCCCGGGGCACCUGCAACACAUCUGCCUGACAGUUUACAUGACACAAGUCAUUAUCUGCCUCAUUGUGUGCCAGUGAACAAUCAGAUGUGCAUAUUCUAUCCAUAAACAAUUUUGUCUAUAUGUCGUUUUCAGCUGAACAUAUUAUCUGCAAUCCUAGCAUACAUUGUUACCUUACAUGUGGAGCUCAACGAUGACUCUUGAUAUCAAUAUGCCAUUUAUCUUUAGCAGCUUCAUUACUAGCAGUAGUUCAUUGGGAAAAUAUAGCUUGAACAGAUCUUUCCAUUUGACUCGGCGAGUUACCUCCCUUGUAGAUGACGCCUCCCUUCCUCAGACUGAAACAAACAAUUACCUCCCCUUGCAAGCUGAUGGAGAUGGAUUUUGUAUGUAUCCAUUACAUCAGUGUCAUGAGGGGCUCGGGUGUUUGGAUGUACCAUAUUUUCUUGAGUAUAAUGCACACCCAAACAUAAUGCACAACCCCACUAGGAAAUUCAGUAGUUUAAAAAAAAUAGAUUUCGAGUAUUAUGUAAAGAAAAAGCUACAUUGUAUCCCUUCAGCAAAUUCAGGGAUAAACAAACAGGUAUCAUAAAUCUUGGUUAAAAGUAUUUAAAAUUUGAGAUAAAAUCUCUCUUGACAUAAUGAUUUACCAUUGAUAUUAUAUCUCCCGUUCUGCUGGAAGUUUGUGUACUUGCAGAGAUUAAGAAGUGUUUCCUCAAGAUCUAAGCCGAAAAAAAAGCAAUCUGCUGUGCAGGUUUUCUCUUAAUCUGCUGAAGAAUCAUUUAUAACAUACUCAAUCAAAUAACUUCGAACAAUUUAGUCGCAGUGAUCAGAAGAAUUAUACCUGAGCUAUUAUUUUAUCAGGAAUAUUGUGUUCCAAUAUUGAAUUUUAGUUCCAAGUUUGAAUAAAUAUUUUUUAAUGAUAAUAUGCAUAGCUCUUUGGUACAGCUGAUUGCAUGGGUCAGACAUUGUGUAUCUCUGUAACUACUUGUCAAGUACUUCUGGGUCUCUCUUCCUCGGCGACUGCCAAACAUUUGUGUACAUAUGUGCAUUAUACUUGGGAAAAUAAGGUACUCCACAAACCUUUGUAGCCUUGCUGGUCUGAGAGGUGAGACCCUGCAUGAAGUUCAAGAACCCUGGACAGAAAUGUAGCAGUUGUAAAGAUGUUGCAGGGAAGCUAACGUUGCCAUACUGGAGAUUUUAACAAAUCAGGAAAUAUAAUUCUUAUGGAAGGUUUGGAUAUUCACGUUAUUCAUGGUUAGUGUGUCUAUCUCCGGUUAAAAGUUAUGUUUUCCUUUCUUUAUCUUUAACAAAGUGUGUGUGAAGACCAUCUCACCAACACUGUUGGUGUGUGUGAAGACCAUCUCACAACACUGUGUACGCUGCAAAGAAUAUACUGGGUAAUAUUGGAGGAGGGAGGGGUGAGGGGGUCCAAGGCAGCCUCCCAGGCAGCACCCACACAGUACAAACAGUUGCAAUUAGAUGUCUUGCAGUCAGUUAGACUUACUGUCAAAACAUUUGCCAUACAAAAGUGCAUUACCCAGAGUUUACAUUGGCUCAAAUAUGAAGAUCAUUUUCUUAAACAUUCUAUUGCUGAAGAUAUUUUGAGACAUUUGAAUGACCUCUUUUAACUUUGAUGGCUAUAAUAAUGAUCUCCGUUGCAUUUGAUAAGUCCUACUUGACAUUCAUGACACAUGGUUCAAAGCUGAGUCCGGUCUGAGAUGAAUGGGUUGUCAAAAAAUGGGUCAUCCAGCACUGUCUAAACCAAAAAUCACUAAGUAUGGUCAGCCAGCACUUUGUGAACCAACCUUGACUUAAUGUGGUCAGCCAGCACUGUGUGAACCAAACUUCACAUAGUAUGGUUGCCAAAACUGUGUAAGCCAACCUU